UCAGAGUGACAAUGUCACAAUGACAAGUUUCAAAAUGUCACGUAUGUGGAUAAGAUAAUCUAUUUUGUUGAUUCUAAUUCACGAAGUUUUGGUAUUUAACUCUUCUUGACAUCACAAAAGCAAUUGAAAUGUUAUACAUGUGAUAUAAAGUUUAAAUUCUAAAUGAUGGGCAACGAGAGCUCACAGUUAAGUGGGUUAGAAAUUGAAGAAAAGGCCGUAGAAGUUACUGACUUUUGGUGCCACUAUCAGGCAACAAUAAACGACAGUUGUAGGUAUUUUAGCCUUAAAGGAGAUGGCUCAGUUUCCGUAUUUAAAGGAGAAGCUGCAAUAGGUCCCCUUUGGGCCAUAUCAACACCAUUGGAAAAGUUUUCAAACAAUCUUCUAAAAUAUCGUCAUCCUUGCAUCGUUCGGUAUAUAUCGGCAUGGCAACAACGUUCUACAUUACACCUAGCCACAGAAUUUGUGCAACCACUGUCACAUGUUUUGAGUUCUCUAACGCCACUGCAGAUAUGCAUAGGACUUAAUAAUGUGCUUAGAGCAUUGGUAUUUCUUCAUGAACAGGCAAGUAUGUCACAUAACAAUGUGAGUGUGGCUGCUGUAUAUGUGACUGGAGAUGGACAGUGGAAGCUAGGGGGAAUGCAAUACCUUUGCCCUUUUGCUGAGCUGACUUCAGCAUACUUAAAACAUGCCAGAAUACACAGAUAUGACAAAGCUGUUGAUCCUAAUGAAGAUUCAUAUGAGACUAACACCAAGGUGGAUCAGUAUGCAUUUGCUGUAUUAGUGGAGGAUGUUUUCAAAGACUGUAAAGAUGAUGAAGUACCACAUUUAAAAGAUUUCAAAAAAUACUGUAGAGAAUUCCUACAACACCAAAGCACGGUGAAAAGGCCAAACCUGUCUGAGGUUCUACAACACAAUUUCUUUAACCACGAAUUUAUAUCUAUUUACAAAUUCCUAAACUUUCUCCCUUUGAAAUCUGAGGAAGAAAGAAGCCAGUUUUUUUCUAACAUUUUGGAAAACCUCACAUGUUAUGAUGAAGAAACAGUGGCCAAACAACUUGGAGGGCUUUUACUCUCUAGACUCACUAUGUUGGACCAAACUGCUAGAAAAGAUGUCAUUCCUUUUAUUCUUAAGCCAAAAAACGACCGAAUACCUAAUGGAGAGAUACCAGGAUUUUUCAGCCUAAGUGUGUUUAAAAUACAUAUUAAACCAAGAUUAUUGCAACUCUUUGGAGUAAGAGACAGCCAAAUAAGAAUGUUACUUUUGAGACAUUUUUCUAAAUUUGUUCAUGUAUUUUCACAUGAGGAGCUGUCCCAACAAAUUCUACCAGAGCUAUUAUUAGGUAUAAAGGAUAUAGAUGAUAGUUUAGUGUCAGCAACACUUAUAUGCUUGAGUGAACUUGUCCCAAUAUUGGGCGCUGACACAGUUAUUGGCGGAAAGCGGGCAAAGUUUUUCACCGACGGUAGACCAAACUCAAAAACUAAACCACUGUUAUUAUCAGCAAGUCCAAUAAAUGAGUCAAACGUUUAUAUGUCAAAGACACUACGAGAAUUGCCUUGUUCUGAAGAUUUGUAUGAAAGUGACAGAAAUGAAUUAAUUUCUUUUGAAAAGUCAUUAACAUUAAACGAAAGACCUUCGCCGGUCGGCGGGGAAUCCUUAGAUGACGAGAUUAUAGUAAAAGAAACGCAUAUAAAAAAUGAAGAAAGCGAAGAUGAUUGGAGUGACUGGGAAUCGACUCGCCAAAAUAUUACUAAUAACAUUCCACAAGUUUUAGAUGAACGAACGAACGAACACGAACAAUUGGUUUCUAUCGAGCCUGUGCCUGAACUAAAGGAUACUGCUUCUAUGAGAGAUUUUAAAAAUAAGAGUUCUGUAAACGAAUCUCGAACAUCGCUCUUGCAGAAAGCAGCGAUUGAAGCGAAAAAAAAUAUUUUGGAUAUAACCGAACUAGACAUAAAGAACCAGAAAUAUGAUUAUUCUAAAAAACAUUCCGAUGAAUUCGAUUUUUUCGCGGACAUGACCCCGGUUAUCGAAAAACCUACAAUUGCUCCAGCACAAGAUAGCGUGGCGCAGAAUGUCAGCAGCAAAUUUAACUUUGUACCGGACGAAAAUAUCGAUGAGAAUGAAGCUUGGGGAGAGGGAUGGAAUGAUUAAUAUCGAAUCAAAACAUGGCAGAUAAUAAUAAUUAUGUAUUUAUAUUCAAA